CAACGCUCCAAUUCUCAAAAAUUUCUUCAAUAUCACAAAAGAAAAAGAAAAAGAAAAAGAAAUAAAUAAACGAAGCAUUUGGAUGUUCUAACGUGCCUGCAUAUUCCCUUCCUUGUCCGUUUCUCUAUAUAUAAAUUUCCAAUGUUUUUUUCUCUGAACCCUAUUUUUUUUUGUUUUUUUUUUUGUUGAAGAAAAAGGUCAUUUGGAAGAAGCAAUGUCAACAUAGCUGGCUGGUGGGGACUCUAAGCCCCACAAAAUGCUACUCCUGCUUCGAAUCUCUCUUUCUUUUCUUUCUUCUUUUUUGUUUGUUGUUCUUUUGUUCUCUCCUUCUCUCCUCUGUUCUUCGAUGUUCUUGUUUAUUUAGAAAUCUUCUGGAAAAUGGGUAAUGAUUUGUGUGAUUUGAUUAUUCUUUUUUGAUUUUGAUUUUGGGUUUCUGGGGUUGAAUUUUGUUUCCUGUUUUUGAAGAAGCUCUGUGAUAUAUGAACACAGCCAAGAUGCUCUGUAUACGACACAGCAAAAUGAACCCACCUAUUUCUUUCAACUUGCAGUACCAGACAACACUGUUUUGCUGCUUUACAGCCCACACAUUGCAUUACUUGAUAUAUAUCGAGUUUUAAUUCCUCUAGUUUCAUUUCAUUUUUUCCCCUUUUGCUCUUUCCCUCUCCCCUUCUCUUUAGAUUAUCACUUUUUUGUUGUUGUUGUUGUUCUUGAUCAUCGAUCGGUUUUCUUCCUUCGAUUUUAGUUUGGCCACAUGGGUAUUGUUCAUCUGAUUGAAUCGUUCAAAUGGUAGGAGGGUUUUCGAUCAUUUUCUUAUUGUUCUUUCGCUGAAUCAGGAUUUGGGGUUUUGGGUUGAAUCUACAUUAUUACUCUUUUGUUGUUCUUGAUAUUAUUCGAGUUUUGGCGACAUGGGUUUUGUUCAUCUGAUUGUUUCGUUAAAAGGGUUGGCGAGAUUUUGAUCUGAUUUUGUUCGUCUGAUUGUUCUUCGUGGGUUUGUAUUGAUUUUUCCUUUUGCAAUAAAACUCUGAGUUGUUGUUGUCGGCGCAAGGUCACUUUCUGUCCGCAUUGUCUGUAUCCAAUGAUGCAUUUGGUAUUAAUUUAACCAAAAAGUACCCUCCCACUGUUUCUUUCUGCUGCUGUUUAGCCGAUUUCGUGUUCUUCUUCUUCUUCUUCUUCAUACAAUUUUAACUUCAGCAGCAUUUGCUGGAAGUGAUGAUCGGACUCCAUUUUUUGUGAUUUUUGAGCUCUAAGAACAUUCUUCAUUGCUUUUGGAAUGUGGGUUGAAUUUCAUCGUCUUUACUCAUUUACUGGAAGGAGAAGAGUUCUGCAAUUGCUGAUUGUUAAAUGAUGCUACGCUUUCAAAAGAUCUGCAUCGUUCUCUAUAGUUUCUUCACAAUUUCAGGUUUGAAGUUCAAGAUGAUAUUCAAUGUAUAAUAGUGUGUAUAGUAGUUGUUAUACUGUAAAAAAGCAUCAACGGUGAAGGGAAGAACCCACAUGAGAUGUCAAGGGUCCUUGCAGCAGUAUUAGGAGGUUCUGCAGGAGCCGUGGCAUUGGUGGGAUUGACUAUUAUACUUAUAAGAUUCUUAGCACGCUCAAGAAACGCUGCAAGAACUUCCGAGACGGGCUCUUCGGAUCCUUCUGUUCAAGUUGGAAGGCAUGUUGGUAUUGAAUUGUCUCUACGAGAUGCUCGACAUUUCGAGAUGGCGGAGUUGGCUAUAGCCACUAAUGAUUUCAGCGAAAAGAAUUUGAUCGGAGAAGGGAAAUUUGGGGAGGUCUAUAAGGGCAUGCUUCAUGAUGGAAUGUUCGUCGCUAUCAAAAAACGACAUGGAGAGUCGAGUCAGGAUUUUGUAGAUGAGGUACACUACCUCUCGUCUAUUCGGCAUCGAAAUCUCGUAACUCUUUUGGGCUACUGCCAGGAAAACAGCUUACAGUUCCUCAUCUUUGAUUAUAUACCUAAUGGGAGCGUUUCUAGCCACAUAUAUGGCACCGAGCAGCGUUCAGCUGAGAGGCUCGAGUUCAAGAUCAGACUCUCAAUAGCUCUGGGGGCAGCUAAAGGUCUGGCACAUCUUCACUCCAUAAGCCCUCGUUUGAUACACAAAAACUUCAAGACGUCCAACGUUCUUGUCGACGAGAAUUUUAUAGCUAAAGUGGCAGAUGCAGGACUUCACAAUGUCAUGGGAAGAUCUGACAUUUCAGAAUCGUCGUCUCGAGAAGCAGCGGAUGAGAUAUUCCUCGCUCCCGAGGUAAAGGAGUUUCGACAAUUUUCUGAGAAAAGUGACGUAUAUAGUUUUGGCGUAUUCCUUUUCGAGUUGAUAAGCGGUCAAAAAGCUACCGAUGUGCCCGUUUCCGAUCCAAAUUAUACUCUGGUUGAUUGGAUACAAAACAAACAGGAAACUAGCGAUAUUGCUAGCUUUAUAGAUCCGAGAUUGGGGAAGAGCUUCACCGAGGAAGGUAUGACUGAAGUGAUGAAUUUGAUACUUCAAUGCGUCGGAUCUUCAAGCGAGAGGCGCCCAGGGAUGAGCUAUGUGGUGAUGGAGCUUGAAAGGAUACUAGAGAAAGAGGUGAACUUGACAACAGUGAUGGGAGAAGGAAGCCCAACUGUUACCCUUGGGAGUCAGUUGUUCAAAGCCACGAAGUGAAAUUCUAGAAGCUUUAGCUCGAAUACCGACAUCAGCUCUCUUGCAGACCUGAAAACCGAGAGAGAAACGGAAAACACGGGCUUGGUCGAUAGCCAAAAAGUGUGGUAUAUGUGUAAUAAGGUUCUUUUUAGUUCUUUAAUUUUUUUAAGAGUAAGAGACCUCAGCUGUUGUAAGUGUAAAAAAAAGAAACAGCUGAAUCAUUCUUUUUAAUAUUAACUGAUUAUUGUUGAUUGUUCAUAUGAAAGUGAACUGAGAUUGGUGUGCUGUUCGAGAAUCCGACCAAUCCAAUCAAACCCGACAGCGUUGGGGGUCGGGUAAGCAUUUUUCU